AUGUCCGGACGAGUGAAGGUGAUAGCUCACGAGGCCAAUGGAUUUCCUCUAGAUAAUUACCCGCGGUACCUCUAUGAAAGUUUCUCUCCUGGCACAACUUCCUUCAUCUUCUACUCCAAAUCCCUUCAAAACAGCUACACUAACCGCAAUCGGCCUUGCCAAAUAGGACCCAUCAAAGUUCAAGGCCACACAUAUGAUUACGAUCAGGCUGCUUGCCAAUGGAAGAAGACCUGUGAAUAUCUUCAUGAUAAAUGCAACUGCUAUUGUCCCCUUGAGCUACUUCGAUCCUGGGGAAGGGGACACUUCCUCAAUCCCGCUCAAACUGAUUUCACUAGGGAAGAUUGCGUUCACAGUUGUAUUUAUGAGCAACAGAUUAUGCUUGUGGAUGCCGCAGAAUGUCCCUACGCCUGCAACACGGCAACCUACCAAAGGAACAAUAAAAUGGAGAAUCCCAAUGCCACCACUCAGGACAGCAUUCAAGUGAGCUUCGUUCAACAGGAUGCGGUCACUCAAAAUACCGAGGAGGAACUAUUCGGAUUAGCCAAAUUCUUCUCUGAAGUUGGCGGGUUGAGCUCAUUCUUCUUUGGCUUCUCCUGUCUUGUGAUAUUUGAGCUUCUUGAGUCCUGCUAUCGAUUUUGGAAUAGGUGGAUUCGAAGAAGAUCUACGCGAAUUAGGAAGAAGAAGAAUUUAGGCCGAUUGUCGAAAUCAAUAGCUCUCUGUAGGGGAGAAUCCUAUGCCCCACACUGUGUUCCCAACUCCGAAGAUAGCCCGAUUUUCCUUUACAAAAAUGCCCAACGGAUGUGCCCCAUUCAGGAAUCCUUGCCUUCCACCGAUUGUGAUCUUACAGUAUUAUUGGAUAUUGACGGAAUAACCACUCCCGUUUCUAUCCAAUAA